UAGUCUUACUUCAUGCCAUCGUUGCUAGACUAUCAUGGCCUGUUUUUAGAGUUGAGGAGGUUGCAUUUUCCCCAGUAGUCUUGCGCUCGUGAGCAAGGUCUAGAUGAAAGAUGAAGAAAUAAGCAAGGAUGAAGAGGCAAUGGAACGCGACGAUACGGGAUGCCAAACCGAUGAGUUCAUGGAGAAUCUCUGGUCUCCGCUCGGCGAUAUCAACGCACUUGAGGAGACGAUGCCAAGGGCGCUUUCUCCUCCUUAUUCCCGACGAGGAGUGAAGUGCCUUUAGUUUUUAAUAUUCGUGGCGACACGAUAAUUAUCUGGUAGUUUGGUAUAUAAGGACGAUUCUCGCCGCCGUUUCUCGAUAUCAAUCAUGCUCGAAUCAUCAGAGUUCACCGGUUUCAAGAUCCUUCAGUUAUCCUAAAUCCUCAAUUACAACCAUGCAUUACCAAUUGCUCGUCCCUGCACUCUCUGCAGUGAUCGCCUUCUUGCCCCUAGGCAUGUCAGCUUCGCUACCUUUUGGUCAUUACGGCCCUGAAGGCGCCGUGCUAUUCCUGAAUGGCUUCCACUUCGUCUCGGGACACAGUGACUGGGAGAUUUCCGCCAACCACUAUUGCGUGAUUAUUCGCGACGAUAUGUUGCAAUGCGCUAUCUACAAUACUGCGACGGCACCUGCACGCCUGGCGGGUAUCGAAUACAUCAUUAGUUCUGACGCUUUCGAGACGUUGGACUACGAAGAACGUCAACUAUGGCACAGUCAUGUCUAUGAAGUAACUAGUGGUUUCUUGACCCAACCAGGAUUGCCAGCGUCCGUGGACCACACCAUUAUGAAGGAUGUCUUGGUUGGAACUUAUGGCAAGACGUUCCACACCUGGAGAUAUGACCAGCAGAAUUCUACAUACCCUAUCGGUAUCCCUGAGCUUGUGAUGGGUUAUACUGGAGAUGACCAAAUUACCCCUGACUUCGUUACCAAGCGAGAUGAGCUCUUUGGUCUAAACACUACUGAGGUCAGGGAGUCGCGUAGUGAUAUCCCGCACCCUCCACUUGUGUCUGGAGCGGAUAGCUGGAAGUACGGCUAUGUCUUGUCGUUGGGAAUAGUCAACGAGACGGCGAACACGUCAUUUCCUAACGAUGGAAAGCAGGUCGUUCUCUCAUCGUAGGCCCCUAUCUUAGCUUAAAAUCCUCCCCUAGCUUGGGGCAGUCUUGCUCGGGGUCUGUUUAACGCGAGGCCAGAUGUGUUGGUAAAAGACAAGCAGAUAAUAAGUCUUUAAUGGAAUAAAAACCCACCUCCCUCUUAAAUUAGACACUGCAUAAGAAGCAUUCACCAACACCAUUUUCAACUGAAAUCUGCGUUUGAGAAACCUAACGAUUUCAUUCCGGAGAGGUGGAGUCCGAAACCUGACAUGGUGAAAGAUAGACGAGCGGUCAACCUUUUUGGAAGGUUGAUGGAAAUUCGCAUCGUUGUCGCCAUAGUUCUCUUAAACUCUUAAACUUUUCGUUUACAAUUGACCCUGCUGUGGAAAAUAAAACACGCGUAGUUGAUGAGCUU